AUGGAAUACUCGCCUCCAACAUCAACCGAGGACUCGCCCGACGAUGGGGGCCCAUAUCUGAAUCAUCAUCAUCAAGUGAAUCAUCAACAGCAGCUCGAAGAUUCUCCUGAUCCUUAUCUAUAUAAUUACCAGACCGGAAACGACGACUUUGAAUAUGCUCAACAAGGAUACCCGGCCAUGAUGUUUAAUGGCAACGGGAAAAGCUCCAAUAACAAUACAGGUAGCGGUAGUAGGAGACAAACAACCCAACCUGCUUCAGCCCUUACUGCAAAUGGCAGGAAAAGGAAGCACGCCACUCAGGCUUGCGACUAUUGCUCCAGACGUAAAGUCAGAUGUGAUGGAGCCAAACCUACAUGCGCAACAUGCUCGGAACGUGGGGUAGGAGAUCAGUGUACAUAUGGCAGAGUCCAAAGACGUCGAGGCCCGAAAUCAUCACCAGCUGCUGCCUUGAAACUAAGAGUACAGGAGCUCAUCCUACAGCUGAAAACGAUAUUGGAGCAAGGUCCUGAAGCACUCAAUAUGCUACGAGAUGAAGGAGGUCUCGAGCUACUGUCAAAUACUAUACAAGCCAGUGGCGGUGUAGCAUCAACAGCCACCAACAAUAAUAGCAAUAGCAGACGAAAAUCUUCAGGAGCUGACGCAUCACCGCUUAAUCAACUAGUACGUGCGGCCGCUAUGUCAGAACAAACCUUCACGUUAAGACCACCGGUUAUAUCUCAUCCGACCGUAUUGUACUUUCCGUCCAAAGACAAUAAUCCAUCGCUUCUUCCACCCAUGAAUGCCAACGUUGCCGACUUGAUGUCGCCGAGACAUAAUCAGGUCGUAUCUGAGAUGUUAGAAAUCAUAUGGUUUCUCGAAACAGAUCAGGAAGGGCCACAAUUACUUGACGCUGAGGCACCGAGUCGUAAACGUAAAAAGAGACGAGGAGGAGAUGUCGAUGAAGCUGGAAUCAUGGGCGAAAGGAGUAUACCUAUUCCAAGAGGUCUUGAUGAUGGACCUAUCGAGUUGGACUUGCCAUUGGAGGUCUAUCAAAAUGUUUUGGAUUACUUUUUCGAGCAUCUCUACGAAAUUAAGCUCACCGUCUGUGGAGUCAACAAAAACAUGAUUCCCACAGACUUGACUCGAUUCUCGCCAUUCCUAUUGAAUUGUAUAUGUGCUAUAGCGUAUCUUGAACGGCCAUUCACAGGUCAUGAGCCACCAGCGCUGCCAAUAGGAUGGAAUGGAUCCGAAGCAUUCUAUGCUCGAGCUCGAUCACUGAUGCCUCGGUUCUUGGAACGGCCUUCAUUAGAUACUGUGAACGCUUUUCAUCUGUUGGUAGAGUAUACUGGACAUAUGGGUGAAUCAUCAUUGGCAUGGAUGUACUCAGGAAUGGCCAUACGCAUGUCACAAGGACUGGGUCUCUUCACGGCCAGAUAUCCCGUGCAUCUCCCGUGGUGGAUUCGUGAACGAUGCCGACGCAUUGCAUGGGCAGAUUUUAUAAUUGAUCGACUGACAUCUGCAUUCGCCGACCGACCUAGUCUACUAAAAGAAUACGAAGUCGCCCAAGUACCAUUGCCUAGUGUAGAAGCAGCAUGGGAAGCAACACAACCUAAUGAUCCAAAUCCACCUGCUGGCUUUUCCGAACAUGGUGGACUAAUCACGGAAGGAAUCGCGCCACCUAAUACCAAACAUACCAUAACUCAAAUCAUAAGCCUGUCUCGAGUGAUGGGUCGUAUUCUAGGUCAUGUUGGGAAACAGCAAGCUCAAACAGCGGCCACCAUCGCGUCUGAAAACAACAGUAACAGUAAUGAGCCCUUGACGAAUGGUAAAUCAUUAUCGGCCUCGUCAUCAGCAUCAGCACCCUUCUUCAUGUUGGGCGGUGAUGCGGACACAGCCGACGAUAUAAACUCAAGAGAUUUAGCAGACUUGGAUGCCCAACUAUUUAGAUGGAGAUCACGAGUCCCUCCUCAUUUGCUACCACCAUCGCCACAUGCUCCGCUCCCACAAGAUUUACAGUGGGAUGUUGCCUUCUUGUGGUUGUAUUAUGCUACUUGUGUCUGUACAUUGCAUCGACCGCAUGCCGUGAAGGAUUUGAAAACGAACACGGUUAGCAGUGUGUCUUUUGAGGCGUGUAGGGUAGCCGCUGUUGACGCUACCAGGGCUAUUGAGUGGAUUACCUCUAUGCAAGAUGGAAAAUUUAUUAAUGGAUCUCCGUAUCAGUUUGUUUGUGUGAUUCAAACUGGACUUGUACAUCUCUUGGUAGCCAAAUCAUCCACGAAUCCGAGCCACGUAGCAACUGCUCGACAAGCUAUAAACCUACAUAUGAGUGUCCUUGAACGUUCUGGUCAAUUCAGAGCUGCUCGACGUCUGCACCGUGUAAUGGCAUCAGUUAUCACUCAAGUAGAAUCGUCACCCAACAAGGUUGAAGAACUUAAUGGUCGACAUCAUGAGGACGAUGUGAUAAAAGAAGAAACGGGAGGAGAGAAUGGAUAUGACGCAUGA